UGUAGAGGCAAACAGUCUGCUUUCACCUCCAACAAGCCACAACCGGCUUUCUGCUUCUACCAGCGCUCAGACAGCUUUUCCCACUUUGUUGUGGCUGGAUAAAUCUUGGAGUGGGGGGUUUGAGUGCGUAUUUUGUGCCAUUGUCAGGAGAGCAUUUCCCCCCUGAGCUCCAGCUUCCUUCUUCCCUUGCCCCCCACCUCCGAAUGGCAGUGGAUUCUCUUUGGCACUACCAAUUCCGGAUUAUCAUGCUGGGGGACUCCACCGUGGGGAAAUCCUCUCUCCUGAAGCGCUACAGUGAGGGGGUCUUCCUCGAGUCCAUGAACCAAACUGUUGGUGUGGAUUUUUACGUUCACUUUGUGGAGAUUGAGCCUGACCUGCGCAUCAAGCUACAGUUUUGGGAUACAGCUGGACAAGAGAGGUUCAGGUCAGUGACACGUUCCUAUUACCGCAACUCAGCUGGAGGAGUGCUGAUGUUUGACCUAACCAACCGAGCAUCUUUCGAAAGCAUCAGGAAAUGGCACCAGGAAGUGAUGGACACGGUAAAGCCUGACCACGUGGUCUUUGUCCUAGUUGGGCAUAAGAGUGACUUGGAGGCAGAACGGAAGAUUGGGCAAAGAGAGGCAGAGAAACUGGCUUCUUCACUGGAGGCAAAGUACAUCGAAACAUCUGCUAAGAGCAACAGAAACGUGGAAGAGGCUUUCCAGACGUUAACCUUGGGAAUCUACGAGGCACUGAAAAGUGGGAAAAUGAGACCCAGGGAACAAUGGGAUGGGGUGAAAAGCAAACUGCUGCCCAUAGCACAGCCUGAGGUCCAGGCGCCGAAAAAAGAAAAGAAAUGCUCUUGCUAGCAAUAGACAAGUGCCUCUGGGAGGCUGCAGAGGCCCUCUUACAUAAGAACUCUGUUAUGUAUUCCCAUUAGCCAUUCAUAUUGCAAGCACUGAAGGCUGUAGAAGGCCUUUAUAGGCUGGUGUAAAAAGGAGGUUCCCUUUUCUUUAUUGCUAAUCCAGCAUUUGGGAGAAUAAAACCCCUGCAGAAUAAAAGGACAGAUCAUUGAUCAGAGGCUCCCUUUGGCGUAGUUUCACCAACGGCUGCAAUUUACCUCUUUAAUUUCUGCACAUAUCACACAUCUCUGGAAGUAUUUUUGAAAAAUCUGCACCUGCUCCACCUGAAGUUUCAGCCUUGCUCCACCCAUCUAUUGCUUUUUCUUCACAAGCCCCAAUCUUGCCAUCUCCUGUUUUACAUCUGCUAUGGAGGGCACUGGCUUUAAAUAUAUGGAGCUAAUAUGGCCAUCCCCUUCCUGAGAAGCACAUAGAAUCAUAGAAUAGUAGAGUUGGAAGGGGCCUAUAAGGCCAUCGGUCCAGCCCCCUACUCAAUGCAGGAAUCCAACUUAAAAGCAUAAGCAUGCCUUGCACAAUACCAUAAUCAUGUUUUUUUACUCCCAUUAGCUAACCCCCAGAUUUGUGAACACCUGAGUUAAUCCAUCCUCUUUAGCUGACCCGUUUGAGAACUAGGAUACAUUUUAUCAUCUCUGAGUUUAGGAAGAAAUAGCAUUGGUGUCUAAUGUUCCACAGAAUACUUGCUGAUAAAGGUCAUAUACUUUCUCUCCCUCGGUUGUCUUAAGAAUUGUCUUAAUGGGGGUAAGGAAAAUGUCAAAGGAUUUUAAAUUAGCACCAAAUAUACCAUAAUAGCGUAAUGAGCAAACUUUCAAGUUAAUCAGAACUCUCUUUAGGCUGCUACAAAUAAACAGAGCUCAAUCUGACAUUUGUUAAGAGUUUUGAUACAGAAUGGGAAGAGGUCCUUUGCAGAAUUAGGUUAGAUCACGCUCAGUGCAAAAAAGAUCUCAGAUGGCAGGAAGGCACGUUUGGGAAAAGACCAAUAGUUGCUCUCCUUUCAGAUCUGGGUCAAGCAUUAAUUAGAACAUGUGGGUUCCUUGUAAGACGCAGAACAGAAAUAAAAGAAAGCACAGUCAUAUAUUUGCAAAGUGAGUGAUCAGUUUUAGGUGGUACACUAUUAAAGCAUCAAUAGAAACCAAAUGAGGUAGCGUUAGCAAGUGGAGGGUAUUUUCUCCCAUAAAUCCCACCAUUGGGGGUAAAAGAUAAUCUUCUAGAGAUUCCUUGCUGCACAGCAAAAUUUCCCAAAGCAGACAAUAAUGGCAAGCAGACACCCCAGUUAUAACAGCCAUUCGCAAACAGAGCUUUUAGAAUUAUGUCACACCAAAUACUCCCUUGCCUAUUUUCUGCAUUUCUAGGCUCUAGGCCAUCCUCUACUAUCAAGCAAAUAUAUUGCAUUGACAAUCACAAGGUAAUUUAAAAACAGAGAACAAAACACUCCAUCUCAUAACCAUAAUAUCGCUGUCACAUCAAUAGUGCAUAAGAAAGGUGAAGAGACAAUGCUGGAGAACAGUCUGUUGUAUAGAGCCAAUUGUUCCCAAACUAAGGUUACAGGCCAAAGCAUGCACGCUUGGAGUAGACACCACUGGACCUACAUCUGAGCAAUCGUAUAGGCUCAAGCUACGUAAUGUAUGCAUUUGCUAGGAUGCUAAAUUCUGCACUUACGAUGACAGAAUAAGCACAGACCAUGCUAGGGCAAGUGCCAUUUUAAGAAAUGUGCACAGAUUAAUUCAGCUGUUAACUGCAAAUGGUGUGGCAGCUGCAAGGCAUUCUAAGGGCGGGUAGUUCAAAUCGUUAGUUUCAAAUGUUUCUGGAUCAACAUCGUUGUGGCUUUUCAAGAGUCAAAUACACUGCAACAUUUCAAUUAUAAUUGAAAAAGUUAGGAACAGGCUCUAAAGUAUCAUUUUCACCUUGUCAAUGCAAUUUUUCUUUUAGUAUACACUGGUCUCAUCCAGAGACCUGUAUUUCUUCUUUUACCAUCUCACCAUCUUUACUUGAAAGAGCAUCAGCAGAAGCCAGAGAAAACAGAAUUUGCAGGUACAUUUAACGUGGGGAAAAAAAUCUAGACUUCUGCAUAGUUGAUACUGGAGAGUAUAAAGUAGGGCCCCGCUUUAUGGCGCUUCGUUCAUGCAGCAGUUUUCAAUUUGGGAAAGGCCCCGCUCUUACAGCGCUUGUUCUGCUAAUACGGCAGGUUUUUUCCAUCGUGCGCCAUUUUGACAUCAUUUUCGUGUGACGUGGCCCAUUAUAGUCUAUGGGGCCCCGCUUUAUGGCGGGGGCCUGGUCCCUAACCCGCCGCAUUAGCGGGGCCCUACUGUAUGUAUGCUGAUGGCAUAGCCCAACUGCAUUCUUCAGGGUGGUUUACAACAACAUACUUUGUUAACAUACCCCUGAAGCAGACCUCCUUCACUCUAUGGUUAUAAAAAAACAUAUUGCAGGAGGAAAUCAGGAACACACAGCUGAAAUACAUACAACCUAUUAUGGAUGUAACUAUCCAACUGAAGGCAUUAAGUAAAGUAGAUUAGGUCAGCCUCAAUUUGAUUUUUAGAUUCUUGGACAGAGUGCUACAAUUUGGUUGGGUUUUGUUAACCUCCUAUAGUGUGACUAGUUCACAUAUGACGCUUUACUGAUACAGGCUUAUGACAAAGCACAUUAAUUUCUGUACAAUGUGACAAUUAUAAGGUGCCCUUCUUAACAUAUGCAAUGAGAAGUGAUGAUUUGGUAGCUUGUUCCCCAUGUUGGUACCUGUGGUGAAAGAUCCAUGUAAUAGCUACCUCUAGAACUCGCUACAUGUAGAAAAAAUAUCCCAUGUGAAGCAGUUUCAGGAUAAGCAAAACAGCAGCAGCAGCUCAGGGGCAAAUGCUUGGAAGCUAGUGGGGAGGAUCAGAAUGUGCCGAUUUCCGCUCAGGAAAAGUUGGCUGAGGCAAUACUGCAGCCGUAUGUUUUUAAACUACAACUCCCAUCUUCCCUGACCACUGGCCAUGCUGGCUGGGGCUGAUGGGAGUUGUAAUCCAACAAACAUCUAGAGAACCGUAGUUUCCCUGUUCUGCAGAACUUCAACACUGGUGAACAUGCUUUCAAGUGACACAAUUUAUUUAAAAAAUGCAGUUGUUUUUUUCCAGCGAAGCUUUGCCCCCAUGGUGAAAUUUUAGAAUUUAUCUUGGGUGGUUUAAGGAUCUGUAGGAGAGUGCCUCAGUCAGAUUCAGUUUGGCUGCUAAUCUCAUGGUGAAAUAAAAAAAGAACUGUUUUCACAAAUGAAUAUUCAUAGUUGCUCAAACUACAAAGACAAGCCCUAUGGUUCUACUAAAUUGUCCUGGAUAUUAUCUUGGCAGAAUUCAUGAAAAACAGAGGGUACAUUAAUGUACUUGUUUAUUAUUGUAGUCUAAACGAGUGGAGAACUGGCAUAUGGCAUAAAAAGGAAAGAUUUCUAUAGCCUCUGAUGGAUGGCUUAAUGCAAACUGAAUACACACACACAUAUACACAACAGACAUUCAGACAAAGAACACCAGAAACAUAGAUUGGGUGGUCAAUUAAAUGCCUCGUUAAUUACUUUAGAUCAUGGGCAGUUCAACACUUUUGUUACUACAGCUCAACCGAUCAAGUGGGAAAUAGAGAAGGAGGGCAGUUUUUCAGCUAGUGAGGAGCUCGAGAAACAGCAAAAAAGAAAAAAAAAUUCAUGAUGCAUGGAAAUCUGAGGCAACAGUGAAUUUUGCACCAAUUUCACCGAUUUUAAGCUUGCAUGUGCUUUUUGGCAUUAGACCACUCAGUGAAGGGCUGGCGACUAUUCUGAAGAGUAUUUUUCACCCAGUAAUAGAAGAGAUAUGAACAAGCCACAAAUUGUUUGAACCCAGAUCUAUAUACCGCUUUGAAUGCUGAGGGUUCUCCCAUUAGUCAGAGGCUGCCAGUUUUAAAAAAAAAAUCCGUGUGCGUUGGGAACUAGACCAAGGCUUUUCAACUGAACCAACCAUCCUCAUAGAAGUUUUGCUAUGUAGCUAGCUCAACUGGACAUCUAUUGCAUCCGUAAAGAUAAAAGGCCUUGCAAUACAAUCCAUGUUGAGUACUGAAUUAGGGGGGAAAAGUAUGCCUUGAGCAACUAUCUCUGGCUCUGCUCUGAUGCCCUUUUGCAACCUGCGUCAACACUGCAACCUAGUUUUAUAUUCAUAAUUUCUUUACUUGUAAAACAAAUCCAAAUAUCUAUAAACAGCAACAUUACAAAGAGUAAAAGGGAAAUGAAAAACAUCUACAGCUGUUUCUAAUACUGUUCCCAAAAAUACCAAAAUAUUCUGUCCGUUGGACAAUCACUUACACCAUAAAUCACUCUGAAGGCAGAAAAUAAAGUCUGUGUUUCAAGAUACAUUGUGUUCUUUUGGGGAAAUAUAUGGGAGAGAAGGGAGGGCCUAAUGACUUUUGGCAGAUCUCCUCUGAAAGUCAGAUAUUGCUGCACCAUGAAAAGAUACGCUUCUCUGUAAAGCCGUAACAAGCAAUCCCAUGGAUGAUGUUAUGGAUACUCCACAGUUUGAGGCAGAUUCUUUUCCCAAGAGUCUUUCUGAAAUCUCCCUGCCAUUCCCGAGCAUUAUUUCUUUGUUGUUUUGCGGAUCAGUGCCAUCCUCUGAAAAGAGAGAGAAAAGGACAGUGAAAAUCAGGAAUGUAGUAUUUUGGCGGGAAUGCGGACUCUUAGGACCCAAAAAACUACUUCGACAAACCUGACCACAAUAGCAUUCAAAUACCUCGCAGGCCCUAAACCACUUAAGAGUCAAAGCAGACAAAAUGAAAAAGGACCAGUUGCAUUUCUAUCUUUAUCAGCUUUUUUUUUUUUUUUAAAGAUAGCAGCUGUGGGGGCCUCAGUCUAAAUUGGGACUGAGGUGCAGGGGAUUCACCCCCAGUUUUCCUAUUGCUCUCCUUACUCCAGCUUCUAUCCCCGCCCCCUGAGGAGAAACAUAUG